AGAGAUACUGAAACAACGCGAUUAAUUGCUAGAAGCGUACAGGAAACUGCUUCACAGGCAGUUAAAGAUUUCAUUGUAGCGCUAGAAGAUCUCAUGUUGAAUGGAAUAUCCACUCUUGAUAACUCAUCCUUAAAUAUAAAAUAUUAUAAUAGUAGUUUUACAAGACCUCAAAUUCUUAAGGAUGGGAGCGCAGUGUUCGACCAAAGACUCUGUUCCAUUAACAACGGUUAUUCUAUAUUAAAGAGUUAUAGAAAACAAAUAAAAAAUCAUUUAAUAGAAUUAUUCCCCCAAAUGACUUGGAGGACUGAAAUGGGAAAUGGUUAUAUCGGAGUAACCAUAGCUAAUUACGGUUUAGGAGAUGAUAUAUUAACUAUUAAAACGGACGAAAAAAAUAAAGAUGAGAUAAAAGAUAAAAGACAAGUUCAAACGGGAACGGAAACAAUUGUUACUACCACGUAUGUAACCACCAUUACACCUACCGGGACUGCAACUACUUCUCAACCUCAAAAAGAUACUGGUAAGUUAAUCAAAAUGAAUUUUCCUUAA